GUUGCUAAUCUAUUUGCUUGGAUAAUCUGUGGAUUGUAUGUAUACGUUACAUACAUCACAUACAUGUAUUUGCGAUCCAUUAUUUAUAAUCUACGAAACAGAAAACUUAUGAAAAAUGGUUACAGCUAUUGGAUUUGAAGGUAGCGCAAAUAAAUUGGGUAUAGGAAUAAUUCGUGACCAAUGCAUAUUAUCGAACGUACGACAUACUUAUAUAACUCCACCAGGAGAAGGUUUCUUGCCUCGAGAAACAGCUCAACAUCAUAGAAAACAUGUAUUAGAUGUUUUGCAAAAAGCCUUAGAUGAUGCAAGGAUUAAUUUGAAGGAUGUAGAUGUUAUUUGUUAUACGAAGGGACCAGGAAUGGGAGCACCAUUGACAGUUACUGCUUUAGUAGCUAGAACUGUCGCUCAAUUAUACAAUAAACCUAUGGUUGCUGUCAAUCAUUGUAUUGGCCACAUUGAAAUGGGACGUUUAAUCACUGGUACUAAAAAUCCUACUGUUUUGUAUGUUUCUGGUGGAAAUACUCAAAUAAUUGCAUAUUCUCGACAAAGAUAUCGCAUUUUUGGUGAGACAAUUGAUAUAGCAGUUGGAAAUUGCCUGGAUAGAUUUGCAAGGUUAUUAAAGCUCUCCAAUAAUCCUUCCCCUGGAUAUAAUAUAGAGCAGUUAGCAAAAAAAGGUGAAAAACUGAUAUUACUACCAUAUGUUGUGAAAGGGAUGGAUGUAUCAUUCUCUGGUAUCUUAAGUCACAUUGAAGAACAUCUUUCCAAAUGGCUUGAAACAAAAGCGUUUACUCCCGAAGAUUUAUGUUUCUCUUUGCAAGAGACUGUAUUUGCCAUGCUCAUCGAAAUUACAGAGCGUGCAAUGGCGCAUGUAGGAUCAAAUGAGGUAUUGAUCGUGGGUGGUGUAGGAUGUAAUGAAAGACUGCAGGAAAUGAUGAAUGUCAUGUGUAAGGAAAGGAAUGCGACUCUUUAUGCGACGGAUGAGCGGUUCUGUAUAGACAAUGGUGUUAUGAUCGCGGUCGCUGGAUUGCUUCAAUACAAAUGCAAGGGUGGUACUCCUUGGAUGCAAACUACUUGCGUUCAAAGAUAUCGAACAGAUAACGUACAUGUUUCCUGGAGAAAAUAAAUAUUUACAAGAAAA